GCUGUAUUUAAAACACGUGAUCCAAGGACAGCUAUGUGCUGUACAUGUGUAAAAUAAUCGAGUUAGCCUGUGAUGCGACAGCCAUUGUUAAUCACAUAACAUUCUUCGUGCAUUGUGGUCUUGUUUUGAUAGCUAAACUUAUUGUGUUAUCUUUUGCAAAACAAUGUGUGUGUGCGUGAGGCAGUAUCUCAGGCAUCUCGGAUAAGUGCAUCAGGGGUCGCUGGAUGCCCCGAAUCACGUUUAAUCGGAUAUCAGUUUAAUUUGGGCCAGUGGUUUAUCUUGUGGUUGAUGCUUAUGUAUCAAAACAAUGCGCCAUACUCUACCGCCUACAGACACCAACGUAGGGGCAUCCGAGGUGUGACGUAUCACGGCAGACACGUCGGGUGAUGCAGUGACCGAGCGCGAAAUUUACGUAUCACGUCAGCGACAUUUAGUGAUGCAGUGAUAGUGUGAACGCUGGCUAUCACGGUAGAGACUUUUAGUGAUGCAGUGACUGUGAAGACUGCUUAUCACGGAAGCGAUAUCUAGUGAUGCAGUGACAGUGAAGACAGCGUAUCACGGAAGCGAUAUCUAGUGAUGCAGUGACAGUGAAGACAGCGUAUCACGGAAGCGACAUCUGGUGAUGCAGUGACAGUGAAGACUGCGUAUCACGGUAGCGACAUCAGGUGAUGCAGUGCCAGUGAAGACUGCGUAUCACGGUAGCGACAUCAGGUGAUGCAGUGAGGAUGCUGUCUGCGGUCAUCACUGGCGUGCUGGGCCUACUGGCAGUGGCCCAGGGCGACGUCGUCGUCUACACAGAAAUUGUACCACAUUUGAUAGAGAAUACCUUCUUAGACCGGCCGGCGAGCUUCGGACCGGACCUUCCAUUCGAGGGGCUGCGCGGACUUCUGGUGCCCGGCCAGCCGGCCAACGGCUGCGGCGCCAUGAAGCCGCCUCCCGCUGUGGAUAACUUCACUAACAAGUGGAUAGUGCUGGUCGCUAGAUACAACUGCUCGUUCGCGGACAAGGUGACCAACGCCAUGAAUGCGGGGUACGACUGCGUCAUCGUCCACAACGUAGGCUCCGAUGAGCUCGAAACAAUGUCAGCAAAAAACUCCUUCAACAUUAGUAUUCCGUCCGUGUUCGUCAGCGAAAAGACUGGCAUCUUGCUUGCUGAUGACUACAAUUACACCUCACGUAAUUAUUACAUAAUGGUGAACGGUGACGAGCCGUUCGACAUCAACACGCACUUGUUGCUGCCGUUUGCGGUGGUGGUGGCGCUCUGCCUCAUCAUCAUCAUCAUCUUCAUGAUAGUGAAAUGCAUAAAAGACCGCCGCAGAGCGCGUAGACACCGCCUGCCGAACCGGUCUCUCAAGAAGAUCCCGACGUGCAAGUUCAGCAAGGGAGACCCGUACGAGACCUGUGCCAUCUGUCUGGACGACUACCAGGAAGGCGAGCGACUGCGAGUGUUGCCGUGUGCACAUGCAUACCACGCGAAGUGCGUAGACCCGUGGCUGACGCAGAACCGUCGCGUGUGUCCCGUGUGCAAGCGCCGCGUGCUGGCCGCCGGCGAGCGGGAGGCGCGCGCGCGCAGGGACUCCGACGACUCCGAUGAUACAGAACCGUUGUUGGAGGCCGAGCCACAAGUGUUGACGCAGAUUGGAUUUGCAGCAGUGGCAAAGGCAAAGAAAGGUGGGAUUAAUCCCGAGGUAACACAGACCCGUCGCGUGUGUCCCGUGUGCAAGCGCCGCGUGCUGGCCGCCGGCGAGCGGGAGGCGCGCGCGCGCAGGGACUCCGACGACUCGGAUGAUACAGAACCGUUGUUGGAGGCCGAGCCACAAGUGUUGACACAGGGCGGCACAUUCGCGCCGCAACGUGAGAACCCGUUCCGCCGCGCCGCGCGCGCCAUGGACGCCUGGCGUCGUACCCGCGCCUCCGCCGACCCUGAGGAAGCAACUUCAGGAACAGAAGAAAAUAAUCAAGCGACUAAUGAUAGUGAAAACGUACCAGCGUCAGAGUCCGCGCCGCUCCUCCAGCCUGUAUCGGAGCGGCGAGUUCGGCGCGGGCGCUCCCGUCGUCGAGCGCACAGCGCCGCGCCCGCGCCCGUCCCCGCGCCCGCGCCGGACGGACACUCGAUCAAUACUGAAGUCAGGGGGGAGAUCGGUGAGUCACCACGAUAUACACUCAACAUCAAAUAAACCGCACCUUCCGCGACGCGAACUUUAAAGAUUUUCUUCUGACACAAUCAUGGU